CCAAGGCUUUUUAAGCGCUGAGAGUUUUGCCGUAAGCGUCAUUGUCGAUAUCAGAAUUGCUGUCAGUUUUAUUGUUACAGGUGUCGAGAGGUGACGAGAUACUCAUGAUCAGACUCUGAUACUUGCUUCCAUCGCAAUGAGCGAAUCCCCUGCUUCAACGGCCACGGCUCCCAUAGGCCAAAAUCUCACUGUAAAGUCGUCCUCCGACGAAGUGCUCAAGCGGACAUUGGAAUGGUGCCGUUUGAAUGCUGGUCUUGCAUGCGAACUAUGCUUAAAAAACCGCCUGGUAUGUAUGAACAACAUCACUUGUCCUACGAGCCUCCCAGAAGGGCCUUCUGCAGCAUCGGACGUUGGGGCAAUAUAUCAACACAAUGUUCGGUGUAGGACGUGCACGGUCCUCAGAAUGCAGUGCUCAAGAGAAGUGGCGGAGCACCGGUGGAGACUACAGCAGACGAUGGGCUUGAAUGAAUUAGAUCUUGGGGUCAAAUUGGACAUGGAGAAAAAGUUAGUUUCCAAUGGAAAUGCAAGUGGCAAUGAGAUUGUGCUUUCUGCUGGUCCGGACGUACAUGCGUCAAAUAAACCACAAAACUUGCAAACUAGCGUCGUUCAUAAUCCUUUGCCAUCCUCGUCUUCUUCCAAAAAACUCCCUCGCCCGGAUCCAGGACCAGAUCCGAAUUCUUUCCCCCAAUCUAUGCAACUCAUUACACAUGCCCCCGGUCUAUUAUCACUUUUCACACAGAAGUAUACAGAAAUCCAGCAACAAUUGCAGAUCUUUCAAGCGCGCAAUAACGAGCUUGUCAAGGAGAACCAGAAGAAAGGAAUUAAGCUGGCUGCUUUGGAAGCGGAGCUAGCUUUUACAAGAAAUAUCUCAGAAACUCACACCCGCCUUGGCUUGACCGGCGCUGGGAAUAUUUCGAAGCAGGUCAUGAAAGAGGGGGAGGCACGGCCGCAUCCUCAAUACUUGCACGAACACAUACAGAGAUCAUCUAAUUCUUCUAGAGAUGGCCAGACAAAACAUCAAAUUAUUUCAUUGGAAGGCCAAUCCGCAGAUCAAAAUGCGUCUUCUAAAACAUUAACCCCCCAAUCUAUGGAGGAUGCUCCAGCGAGAUUACAAUCUCUGGUGUUGAAGCAUACUCAAACAAUACGGGAAUUGGAUGCCCAAUACGACACGCGCCUUGAGGAUCUUGUGCGACAAAAGGGUGAAUUGGAGACAAAGCUGUCUUCAUUGCAAAUUCAGUACGAUGAGACGAUAAAAUGCAUGGAGCUUCUUAAAGAUUCGCAUGUUGAUGCGCUUUUCGAGAAAGAGAGAAGUCUUUCUGCGUGUGAAAAAUCCCUUGUUCAAGCUAGAGAAGACAACCGAUUGCUUUCUGAACGACUGAGAGAUUACGAGAAAAUGCGGACACUCGAAACAAUACCUGAUGAGCCUUCGAAUGUCAACAAGGAUGAGGGCAGAUUUAACCACAGGGAAGCGGAAUCGUUCCGGGAACGUUUCCUUGACUUGAAGGAAAAGUACAAGAUACAAUCCCGAACCUUGACAGUACCGUCUCGAAGAAACCACUGCGCUCCAAAACAACCUCAUAGAGCACGCCAACAUCCAAGUCCUUGUCCGACUACUCCACCUCGCAAGGGCAGACUUUGCUGCUAAUCAAAUCACUAAUGAAGAUAUGCUUCAGACUUGUGACAAUUUAUGCACUCAGCUCAGUGCUAUCGCAGAAAGACGACUAGAGCGGGUUCCGAUGGGGUUUGAGGCAAUCCGGGGUGUGAUGGUUGGUAAGAGUCGAAGUCAAAAGCGAACGCGACCGCGAUCGUGGGAUACGGCUAAGCAGGUACAAGUUAUGAAAAGCGAUGAGGCGGAUGAAGAGUCGCUGUCAAAGCGGCUGAAAUUGGGGUCGGAAUGAAGCGUUAUAGAACUAAAGCUAUGAAUGUUUACUAUGUAUAUCUAUUAUUUAUUACUGCUAAGUACGUUGUCCACUGAGCUCGAGUAUAGGCUCCUUGUGUACAUAGUAACUU